AGAGAGAGGGAGGGAGGAAGCCUUCUCUCACAGCAACCAAGGGGCUUGUACACGACACCGGCGAUCAUUGGUCCGAAAACCGCUGCUGACUGCACAAUUAUAUAUAUAUAUAUAUAUCAAACCAAGAGCCAAGUGCAACGCGCGAGGCCACCUUUGGUUACAACAAUGUCGCGUGUCGUCCGGAGUAUCGUCGUCCUGUUGGCGCUUGCCCUAGCCGGGGCCAGUAUCCAGAAGAAGACCAGCUGGGUCGACAGGCUCGAUGAGGACAACUGGGAUCGCAUGCUCACGGGCGAAUGGAUGGUCGAAUUCUACGCACCAUGGUGUCCAGCCUGCAAGGCCCUCGAAGAGAUAUGGGAAAGCCUUGCUUUCCAGAAGAAAGAACUGGGUAUCAAUGUUGGUAAGGUGGACGUGACUGAUGCCCCUGGACUCAGUGGACGCUUUAUGGUCACUGCACUGCCAACAAUUUACCACGUGAAAGAUGGAGUUUUCAGACAAUACAAAAGCCCAAGAGACAAAGACUCCCUAGUUGAAUUUGUCACCAAGAAAACAUGGCAGAAGGUGGAUCCGGUAUCAAGCUGGAAGAGUCCGACGUCAAUUCAAAUGUCCAUCAUCAGUCAAUUUUUCAGAAUAUCACAAGUACUGAGGGGGAUCCAUAACAAAUUGAUGGAAGACUUUGGCCUGCCAACUUGGGGAAGUUAUCUGAUAUUUGCUAUUGCAACAAUAGUUUUGGGAGCUAUUUUGGGCUUGUUGAUUGUUUGCAUCAUCGAUUUCAUCUACCCACCAAAGGACCUGAUGUACCAGGUAAAAAAGAAACAAAAAGGAGACAGUGGUGGUUUCAUGACUGAAAAAAGUACGGGCGACGACGAACUGAUGGAUGGAGUCAAGGACGACCUUGUCGAUGAAGAUGGCAGCGAUUCAGAAGAGAAAUCGGAAAACGACAAGACCGACAAGGAAAGUAAAUCUUCACCGAACAGCCCUAAUGUCCGCAAGCGCAGGGCACGCAAGGCUGAUUAGAGAAGGUUUUUCGGAAAAAAAUCGUUAAACCGAAUUGCGCAAAAUUUGCACUUUUUAUUCUGAAUAAUUAAUUUCUUAUUGAAAUUGCGUGAAUUUUCGGGGAGGAGAAAAUUUUUUAUAACUUACUGACGCUCUAACGCGUUUUUAAUCAUCUCUUGCUGGUAAAAUAAUUAACGUAAACGCGCGACUCUAAACUAAUAACAGAGAACAAUAAAAAGCAGGUUUAAUUUUUUAAUUUCUAAUUUAGCUACCACAGCUCAUUGUCCAAUGUUCAAGUCAAUUGUGGAUUUUACUAUUUAAUCAUACUAGUUGAUCGUUUUAAUUCAAUUUUUGCAAGAGUUUUUUAGUAUCGAAACUUCAACGUCGAUUUGAAUUACAAACGAACAAAAACUUGACUUUAGCCUUACAAUAAUAGAUGGGGCAUUACCUAUAACAUCAGUGUGUCUGUCUUUUGCGUUGAUAUUAUUUUCGCCUUAUGCACUAUCAUUUUAUCAUGCGCAGAGCUUGAAAUAAGCAGCGAGGCGAAAUAGUUUCUAUUUGUACAUAAACAAUUAUCCAUCGAAAUGAUUUGUCAGUCGCGAUAAUAACUCUAUUCCAACACAAACAAGUCGCUGAUACAGCGACGAGAACUUUUUCGACUUUUCAAAAGCACAAACGAGCGCAUAAAUAACGUGCAUUUCUCCGUUUUCAACUCGUUGAGUCUUCCAUCGUUCGAAUCGCACAAAGCUUUAAUCAAUGCGCACCGGCAGCGGCCGGGCAAUAAUAAUUCGUGCAUGAAUUAACCAAGACUCACUAUAAGAAUUUGUAAUAGAUGAGAAACGCGUAAAUUGCUUGCACCGCACAAUUGUUUACCACGAACAUGUUCAAGUCGGCGCGCAAUUUAUAAAAAAAAAACGUUCCUCAAACAACAUUCCUGUCUCAAAAUAAGCUGACAUUCUCAUUUACACACAAGGAACAUUAAUGCUAAGGGUUGUACUAUAUGCAGAAUAGAUAAAGAAACAAUGUAUAACUUUGACUGCCUAUUAAUAAACAUAUUUAAGUAAA